UGACUGACGUCACAUAUGCGCCCAAAACAACACGUGUGUCUGAGAGAUAUUCGUAUGUUGUUCUGUCAUCCUUGAAUAUUGUGGUGAUUUGAGCUUUGUAAAGGACUUGUGAGCGUUGAGCUCACAAGUCUGGGACAGCCACCGUGUCCCAGAUGGAUGAUGCUAGCGGGGAAGCUGCAGCUUCUGGUGGUCAGAGGAGUGACUGCAGGACUGGGACUGGAGACGGUGCCUUAGAAAACCAGACCCUGUCCAAGAGGCAGAUGAAGAAGCUGUUGAAGCAGCAGAAAUGGGAAGAAGAGAGGGAGCUGCGAAAACAGAGAAGAAAGGAGAGGAAGCAGCAUCGCAAACAGCAGAGGCAGAAUUCCCAGCAGGAGAGCAGAGGAGAUGGUCAGAGUGCCCGGAAACGCCCACGCAGAGAGUUGACACCCAGCUCUCUAAGGUUGGUGGUGGACUGUAGCUUUGACAACCUCAUGCUCAUCAAGGACGUUCGAAAGCUCCACAAACAGAUCCAGCGCUGCUAUGCUGAGAACAGACGAGCUUCACAUCCUGUUCAGUUUUAUCUAACAAGUCUGGGAGGACAGCUGAAGCAGAACAUGGAUGAAAAGGACAAAGGAUGGGUGAACUGGAAGGACAUUACCAUUACAGAGGAACAUUACAGCAAAGUUGUGGUCAAGGAUGAGCUCGUGUACCUGACCUCGGACUCUCCCAAUGUGCUGGAGGAGCUGGACCAAAAAAAGGCCUAUGUGAUUGGAGGCCUGGUGGACCACAACCACCAUAAGGGCAUUACUUAUGAGCGGGCGAAGGAGCUAGGGAUCGGGCAUGCACAACUUCCUCUGAGCAGUUUUGUUAAAAUGAACAGUCGGAAGGUUCUGGCAGUCAACCAUGUUUUUGAGAUCAUCCUGGCUUACCUUGAGAAGGGCAGCUGGCAGGAGUCUUUCUUCACCAUCCUCCCUCAGAGAAAGGGAGCCGUGGCCAUCAGCCAGGACGGAACAAACCCUCAGGAGAACGAAGAUGACGAUGAAGAAGAAUGUUCCAGUUCUGACUCGGACCGGGACAAUACAGAGCAAACAGAAAUCAGAGACUUAAAUAUAGGACAGGCGGUCACAUCCCAGCAGACUUCCAUCAUCUGAUGUUAAGACAUAAAUAAUUGAAAAUGUAAACUUUAUUUUGUUUUUCAGAAAUUUUGUUUUACUGGAUAUUUAUUGCGAUAUUUUACUUUGCUUCAUGUAUUUGUAGAAAUGAUGUGUUUCUCAACAGUUUUCAUGCACAUCUUUUUCCUUUUAUAUUUUUGCUGUUUGGACUUUAAAUUAGAACUUAAAAUAAAAAGAUGCAUAACAGCUAAAAUA